AUGUCUCGACUUCCCCCUGCUGAGAAAUUGCCCCUUGCUGUUCGCAAAAAUAUCCGAGACAGCUGGGAGAACACCAAGUCGGACCACGAAAAGAAGCUCUCAGAGAUUCUUGGUCAGCCAUGGACCAUCGACAUUGAUCCCAAAGCCCUCUACCCUUAUGCCGAAGAGGGUUCCUGGGGCCACACCUCCUUAGGCGAUCUCAUUGUCAGCUAUGUUGAGGGCGUUGAAGAUCAGUUGAAGUACUUCAUUGAACGAAAUGGAGAUGGGGCUAAGGAUGAGAUCAAUGAGAUCUGCUCCGGCCAUGUCCUGGCCAUGGACUUUGAUGAGAAGAACACUGUCUCUUACUGUGGAACCAAAGUUGGUUCCGAGGGUGAACUCAUCAUCCUCUUCACUAAGGGCUACUUGGGUACCAACACAAGCUAUGCUGCUGACAGCAACAACAUCACCAAAGCCUUGAACGAGGCUCCUUCCACUGUUCGACCCAUGAGCUUUGUUGCCAGGGCCUCUAUCAGGGAGGACUAUGACCCCAAUGUUCAGCAGAUUCAGGAGAAGCUGAACAAGAUCCUCGGUCAAGAUAUUACCAUCGUUCCUAACUUUGAAGCCAACUUCGAAAAGCUCAAGGGCAAGGCUAGUGCUGAUAGCGGUUGGGAGCAAAACUUUGGAAGGUCUCAUUUCUCCUAUCUUGAAGGCUUGGUCUCUCAGCUUGAGUAUGACAAGUUCGGCGAGGAUGAUAUGCUUCAGGAGGGACUCCUCGAGGCCAUGGACAAGCAUGCUGUUCAUGUCCGCGUUGUAGACAAAACCAAGAGGUCCUACAACGAGACCGUGAUUGAAGACGGUAUUCUUUACCUUCAGACUUCCCCUUCAGACUUUGGCGUUAACGUUCAUCAAAUUUCAAGUGAUCUUAUCAAUAUCCUAUAG